AUGGCUUCCCAAAUUGCAAGCCCAUCCUCAAUUCUCGGCCGUAGGAUCCUUGCUCUUGUAAUGAGUGUAUGCUCUGUGGUCUUACUGGCUUCUGCUAAUUUCAAGCUUUCAGGUGUUCAUUAUGGUUUUCAAAAUAUCGUCACUUUUAGAUAUGUGAUGGCAGUUGCAGUGAUAUCGAUCGCAUACGGUGUAAUGCAGCUACCCUUUGCUGCGUACUACGAUCGUACCCAAAAGAGAGUGAUUCCCCAGCGUUUUGAAUUCUACGCUGAUAUGGUGAUGAGCGUGUUGCUAGCUACAAGCAGUGGCGCUGGUAUUGCGGUCUCUCAUGAGUUGAAGAGAGGAUUUGGUGGUGGAAACAACAUUGGCAUCAAUAGCAACAAUGAUUAUCAUGAUUAUUAUGAUCAUAUUAUCAUUGUGGACUCAUUUUUCAAUUUCUUUAUCAAGCUACUUGUUGCUUCUGUUCUCCUCCUUUUGGUUUGGCUUUCCUUGGCCGUCAUUUCCAUCAUUUCCUAUAACAAAAAACAUCGUCAAUCCAACAGCACACUUGAACCCUCUCCUAUUACAGAACCUGCUGUGUGCGCUGAUGUUAAAGCAUCGUCUGAUGGGGUGUGUGUGUGA